GGUCCGCGGGGAGCUGGCGCCGCAGCGGGCCCCGCCGCGGGGGCUGCAGUCUUUGUGCCCCGGCAGCUCCCGGCUCCCGCCGCUGGGGGGCGGCCUCCUCCCCGCCGACCACGGACAAUAGCGCGAGGGGUGGGGAGCGCGCGGUCCCGGAAACUUUUCCCCUGCGCCUCGGCGGCAGCCGCCGCCGGCGUCCGGGAGCGCGCCCUUCUCUGCCCGUGGUCGGUGCGCUCGGCCGGGACCGCUGCGGCAGAACGCAACCCGGAGAAGGGGGCUCGGGGCGGCCGGCGCUCGCGGCUGCCUGCGGCUGGGGAGGCUGCGCCCAGGUCCCCAGCCCCGCGGAGUGCGCCCAGCCGCGCCAUGGAGGAGGCGCCCAGCCCCGCGCCCGCGCUCUGGGAUUGGGACUACCUGGACCGCUGUUUCGCCCGCCACCGCGUCUGCAUCUCCUUCGGCCUGUGGCUCUGCGCCUCCUCCUGCUGGAUCGCCGCCCACGCGCUGUAAUGGGGCCCGGGGUCGGGGUGGCUGCCGGGCAGGGAAAGAAGCGCCACGCCCCUGCUGCUCCCUCUUGGAAACCUAGAGGAGAGGGCGGAAAGGGGGGCUCAGUAACAGGAUCCAAUGGAACAUUGCUCUGUAGACUGAAGUGGGGUACUUCUUUCCAUAUCCUACACACAGGGAAGCUGGGCUGUGAGCCACAGGGAGGAGGCUGGGUGGUGCAGCCGAUGGGGCCCCCAGCACAACGCGAGCCCUGGUGCUGUUGUCAGCCCUUGCCCCAUUGACUCGUGGUAUGACCUUCGCAAGCUCUGGGCCUCCUGUGACUGGGGAUAAUACCUCAUAGGAUGAUGGGAGGAUUAAAUGAUUCGGCUUCUCUAUCUGAGAUGUGCAAAGAAAUCCAGACAGGACCAGUCACCACUGUGUGCUGCGUGCUGCCUCCUGACCAGUCUGUGCGACACCGUGGGGGCUAUUCUGGCCAGACAGCUCACAAUCCAGGUCUUCACAGGUGCCUACCUCGCAGCUAUUGACUUAAUGAACUUCAUGUUCACUCUCUUCCCAGUCUGUGGGUCCAGAUUCCAGUCUAAUUCAGAUUGGGAAGCCCGAGAGAGGAAGAGGAGGCGGCAGCUCGGGGCCGGCGUGUUUGCCCUGGCCCUGCCGCUGAGCCUGGGUCCGUGCUGGGCUCUCUGGGUUGCUGUCCCGAAGGAUUCAACCACCAUCCGGGGGCCGCAGCGGAGGCUGCUGGCGAACCUGCUGCAGGAAAACCCUGAGAUCCUCGGCUACCUGCUGGGUGGCAUUGCUGCCUUCGGCUCCUGGGCUUCUCGGAUCCCCCCUCUCUCCAGAAUUUGCCGGGGGAAGACAUUUCCCUCCAUCCACCUGUGGGCCCGGCUUCUGUCGGCCCUGGCUGGCCUCCUCUAUGCCUCGGCCAUUGUGGCCCACGACCGGCAGCCUGAGUACCUCCUGCGAGCCACACCCUGGUUCCUGACCUCCCUGGGCCGCGCUGCACUGGACCUCGCUAUUAUUUUCCUUUCGUGUGUGAUGAAGAGCAAGAUGAGACAGGCCUUGGGAUUUGCCACUGAAGCCAGAGAGAGCCCCGACAGCCAAGCCCUUCUGACCUGUGCAGAGAAAGAGGAAGAGGAGCAGGAGGCGAGGAACGAGCACAAGAAUUCUGAUUGGGUGCCUCUCACCACACUGUCACACUGCAAGUCACUCAGGACAAUGACAGCAAUCAGUCGAUACAUGGAGCUGAGCAUCGAGCCUGUGCAGCAGGCAGGUUGCAGUGCUACCAGGCUGCCGGGUGAUGGACAGACGAGCACUGGAGAUGUGUCUCGGCAGGAUCCCCCGUCAUACCCUCCCGUUCAGGUCAUCCGGGUCCGAGUGUCUUCCAGCAGCUCCUCUGAGGUCCCCUCCAUCAACUCUGACCUGGAGCAGAAGUAUUGGGAGGCCCUAAACUCGGAGCAGGUCCUAGAAACACAGGCCUGGGUGACUCGUCCUUACCCGUUUGUCCUCGUUUGUGCCUGGAUCAUGAGAAACGGGAUUGGAGCUGUUGUUUGGGGGGUCCAACAGAUGAGAAGCAUCCGUGCCACCCGGGUACCCUUUGUAUCUUGUCUCCACAGUGGGACCCUGAGGAUGUGAACCUUGAAGGGAGCAAAGACAACGUGGAGAUACUCGGAUCCCAGGUGCACUGGGACUCUGUGAGGAC